UGUAAUUUGUAUUUAGUCGUGGUUUACAUAUUACUGUAUUGGUCCAAUUGCUCCCUGUUUUCACCACCAAAUUCUUCGGUGGUAAGUGGUACUUCAGAAUUCAACUCUGCUCACCCCGUCAUCGCCGAUUGUAUUAUACUUGUGACUUUUCGUGAUGGUCGGUAGGGACCGCUCACUAUUUUAGUCGCUACUCGCGAGCACGCGGCCACCGGCAUUCGAUGACUUUUUGACAGUAACACAAAACAUGUAAAAUAUCUACUGACUUAAUACCCACGCAAAUACGGCAAAAUACACGAUUCUCAUAUACGCUUUACAGUUUGGUGUUCACAGAACACAUUGUACGUCUUUAUAGUGAGUACCGUAGUAGUUUGUGGUAACAGUAUACGGUCAGUACACACUUUUCAUCAAGUCACAAUACGUCUUGAUCGUUAACACUUGUAAAAUUCGUCAGUUUUGUGCUGGAUCCGAGCCUUUCUGGUUCAAGUAUUUUUACAGUCUAGAUUGCAAACAUUGACACUUCCCUAUGGAUGAAAAGGAAUCCAAUGAAAAUCCUAAAGUCUCCCAGUCGUCUCUGGUCAGCACUGAGGUUAAGAGUGUCAUACCAAAAAACAGGUCAGAAGUCUUGAAGUGGAAUGGCUGGGGAUAUAGAGAUUCAAAGUUUAAAGUUACCGACCAGGGAAUGAUUCGUUUCACUGGCAAUAGGUAUUCUAUUGGAGAAACAGAUUUGCCUUUUUUCACUCAAUGGGUUCAACAAGUAUUAAAUAUUGACUUAACUCUAAGGAAUGUGCCUAGAGAGAAGUUCAGUUCCUUAGAGAUUCCACCCUCCCGUGUAUCUACCAACCUUUUAAACACAUUGAAAGAAAUGAAAAUUGACCAUACGACAGACGGACCAGCUAGGCUUUUGCGAUCUCAUGGACAAACGCUUUAUGAUAUUUAUUCCCUCAGAUAUGGUAAAUGUUUUCCACGCAUUUGUGAUUUAGUAGUCUGGCCUGCAAAUCAUGACGACGUGAUACGUAUAGUUGAAUUAGUCAAUGUGCACGACAUUGUACUGGUUCCGUUUGGUGGUGGAACUAACGUAUCUGGAGCAGUAUCAUGUCCUACCAAUGAAAAUAGAUGUAUAGUCAGUGUGGACACUUCACAAAUGAAUCGUUUUUUGUGGUUGGAUGAAUCAAACUUACUGGUGUGCUUUGAAGCCGGAGUCAUUGGUCAAGAUUUAGAAAGAGAACUAAACAAACGAGGCUAUACAUGUGGACAUGAACCCGACUCUUAUGAGUUUUCUAGUUUAGGCGGUUGGGUCGCUACUAGAGCGUCAGGCAUGAAGAAAAAUGUGUAUGGCAACAUUGAAGAUUUAGUAAUUGAUGCUAAAAUGGUCACUUGCAGAGGGGUGGUAGAAAAAAACAGUAAGGUCCCAAGAAUGUCAAGUGGGCCUGAUUUUCAACAAAUUGUCUUAGGGUCAGAAGGUACAUUAGGCAUAAUUACAGAAGUCACCUUAAAAAUUCGACCUCUCCCAGAUUGUUGGGUUUAUGAUUCUGUGGUUUUUCCUGAUUUUGAAUCGGGAGUAAAAUGUAUGAGAGAAGUAGCCAAACAAAGAUGUCAACCUGUUUCAAUACGAUUAAUGGACAACACACAGUUCAGAUUUGGUCAGGCGUUACGUCCUGUUGAAAACACAUAUGGAAACUUGUUAGACACUUUCAAGAAAUCUUAUUUGACUCAUGUUUGUGGUUUUCAUUUAGAGUCUAUAUGUGUUAUGACACUCCUUUUUGAAGGUAAACGGUCUAAAGUAGUUUCGCAUAGAAGGUGCAUCGCUAAAAUAGCUGUCUCUUUUGGUGGUAUAACGGCAGGAGAGAGAAAUGGAGAGCGUGGUUAUAUGCUGACCUUUGUUAUAGCUUACAUACGUGAUCUCGCCUUAGAAUACAGAGUUGUAGCUGAAUCGUUUGAAACAUCAGUAUCCUGGGAUAAAACUCUUAGUUUAUGUGACAAUGUCAAAAAAACCGUAGCAAAUGAAUGCAAUAAGCUUAAUAUCAAGUAUUAUUUAAUUAGCUGUCGCGUAACACAGACAUAUGACUCCGGUUGUUGUGUUUAUUUUUAUUUUGGAUUUAAUUGGACCGGACUAGACGAUCCAGUAUCAACUUACCAUCAUAUUGAAACCAUAGCCAGAGACACUAUUAUGGCUUCUGGAGGGUCUAUAUCUCAUCAUCACGGUGUGGGUAAACUACGGGCACAUUGGUAUGAGAAACACAUGUCUAAAACAGUACUGUCACUUUACAGUGCGUCUAAAAAGAUGCUAGACCCGAAUAAUGUGUUUGCUAAUGGUAAUCUUAUUAGUUUUCCACUGUCCAAAAUAUGAACAGCAAUGUGGAAUAUAGUCACAUUUUAGUGUAAGUCUUCAACAAAUACAAUUUUUUAUAUUGAUAUGGUCGUUAUUUAUUAUAAUAUGAUGUUUAACCUUUUUAGUUUUUGAAAUUGUUUCCUGUAAAAUACAUGGGCAACAUUAGUUUAGAAAAAAAUUAUCAAUAACUUCAGUGUAGGUAUAUUUUGCUUUUUUAAUAAAUAUUAACACCAAUGGUGAAAAAUUCUUAUAAAAAUAUAUUAAAUUUGAAUUGUUGAUUAUCGUCUAUAUUUAUAAAACAUUUGAUACAAUCAUCUUUUCAAACAACAAAGUAAUAUUAUUUUGUACCUAACCACAUGCACAUAAUAAUAUGUAGUUGAGGCGGUAAAUAUAAAUUAAAGAAUACAACAUAUUUUAGCACCUAGUGGUAUUUUUCUGUGGAUGUUUAAUUUGACUAAUUAGUAUGAAGUUUAGGAAAAGAUAAUUAUUAUUUAUUUAUAUUUAUACCUAGUUACUUUGGAGUUUUGGUCACCAAUUGAUUUUGAUGGUUGGAUUAAUAUAUGUAUCCGGCACAUUUUAGGUCUAAUAACUUCAGCUUCGAAAGUUUUGGCAUCCAAUAUAUCCUUACUUUUCAUAGUGUAUUGUAUUUCUAAUAAAAUAAUGCAAACAUGAUGAAAUUCAUGAAGCAUACAUAUUGCAAUUUAAAUUACUCAA